UAUGAGUGUGUUUUUUUUCACUCCAAAUAUGGAUCGAGGAUGAGAGCAUUUUCAUGGAACUUUUGCCACUUAUGUCCUUUUCGUAAUUAUAUUUUAACAAGGUAUAAUAUAAGGUGAGCAGCGUUUUUUUUCCCCCCAUCACAAUGGCGCUGAGCGUGAACUGCAGGACUAACCCCAAAGAGCAGGCGUCGGUCCAGAACAGUGUCCCUGACGUCCUGGAGCUCAACGUGGGCGGCCAGGUGUACUACACGCGAUACUGCACGCUGGUGAGUAGCCCGAGUUCCCUCCUCGCCAAGUUGUUCUCCAAAAAGGACGCCUCCAACGACUUAGCCCGAGACCCGAAAGGUCGCUACUUCAUCGACCGCGACGGCUUCCUCUUCCGCUACGUGUUGGACUACCUGCGGGACAAGCAGGUCGUCCUCCCGGACCACUUCCCCGAGAAAGGUCGGUUGCGGAAGGAAGCGGAGUACUUCCAGCUGCCUGACUUGGUGAGGCUUCUCAGCCCGGAGGAGGUGAAGCAAAGCCCGGAUGACUUGUUCCACAGCGACUACGAGGACGGCUCCCAGGGGAGCGAGUCGCGCCACUGCCCGCCGCCCUCGCUCGUCCCCGCGGACAGGAAGAGCGGCUUUGUCACGGUGGGCUACCGGGGGUCGUGCACCGUGGCCCGCGAGGCUCAGACCGACGCCAAGUUCCGCCGCGUGCCCCGCAUCCUCAUCUGCGGCCGAGUGGCCCUGGCCAAAGAGGUCUUCGGGGAGACCCUGAACGAGAGCCGGGACCCGAACCGGACCCCGGAGCGGUACACGUCCCGCUUCUAUCUCAAGUUCAGGCACCUGGAGAGGGCCUUCGACAUGCUGUCCGAGUGCGGCUUCCACAUGGUGGCGUGCAACUCGUCCGUCGCGGCCUCGUUUGUCAGCCAGCACACUGAGGACAAGUUCUGGUCCAGCUACACCGAAUACGUCUUCUACCGUGGCACAUCACGUUGGUCGUCUCCUCCCUGUGGCUGCUGCUGCAAGAACCACAAGGGCGACGGCGAGGGCGAGAGCGGCACCUCCUUCAACGAGCUCUCCACCUCCAGCUCGGAGAGCCAGUCCGAGGCUGGCUCCCCACAGGGGACGGUCAUCUGCGGCCCGGUCAGCCGCCAGCAGCACCCCCACGGUAUCAUCCAAACUCUGGACAGGCCUCUAAAAAAGGGACCCGUCGCAAGGCUCCAGCAGUCGGAACAACGGCGAAAAAGUGACCUACUGCGUACGCUCACCUCCAGCUCCCGCGACAGCAACACGUGUAAGAAGAGGCCAGGCAAAGAGAAGCUGACGGUGGAGGAAGAGCUGGAUAGGUGCAUUCAGGACUUUCGCAAGAUCAAGAUUCCCGAGAGGUUUCCUGAGCGGAAGUACAUGUGGCAGGCGGACUUGUUAAGAAAGUACCGCCUCUGAGCAUGAGGCGAACUUACCGCUGAAGCCAAGGAUCUGUUUACACGUUUUGUCCAGCGAGACUUUUGCGAAAAAGAUAAUUAAACUCUAUCAUUCACCAUUCUGCCAGUUGGUUGAACAGCGACACUCUGAAGCUCAAAAGAAGCAUACAAAACCAGACUGUUCUCUUAUUGACAUAACGUAUGUAGUAUGUGUGUGCGCGUUUAGUUCCCUGUGCGCUCUGAGUAUCUGCUGUUAUCUCUCUCAGUGAUUAACAGCUUUGAAUAAUUUAGAAGAGGCCCAGAGCAAGCGGGAAGACAGAUGAACCAAGAAGAGGGUCUGUAAUGGUGAUACGAGGAGACUGUGGUUAACGGGAAGGGCAAAAUCAUAAUUUCCCCGAACAUCACAAAAACACAAUUUUACCCACAAACUACUGAAAAUGUCCGCGUGAAAAGGUAUUUGGAGGCGGUCAAGCACCUGCCGAAGCAACAGGUGACGCUACAAGUGUCAGAUUAUUUUAGCAAAUCAGAAAGCCUUUAUUGUAUCAUUUAAAGUAUCUGAUCGUAAAUUGAAGGUAAUUCUGAAAAUGAAAGAUAAAGCAACAAACCAAACAAAACAAAACAAACUAAAUAUCUGGCCAUAUACAAGCUAUGACGAUGUCAUAUAAUGCAGCAAACAAAAAACGCUGGAUUUGAUACAUCUAAAAGGCCAUUUUAGCAAAUCAGAUGCAAGAAGAAAGCCAUUUUCGGUAAAGCCAAAAGAGCAACAAUGACAAAUAAUUUAAAGUAGCUGGUAGUGAAGUUGGAGUUAUUCUGGUAUAAAAACUAAGAAGAAAAAGUACAUGAGAUAUUCAUCCCCAAAAAAAUCUGCUGGAUUCUACAAUUUUAGCAAAUCAGAAGUCAGAAGAAAGCCAUUCCUGAAAAAGACACAAACCUGCAAUGGAACAUAAUUUUAAAAAAAUUGAUAGUGAACACUUGAGAUUAACAUUUCUUUAGCCCGGCAACCAUAGUGGCCAAGAAUUAUAAACAAAAUUACAAAAAUGUGAAACACUUUUACCAGAUCCGAAACAAAUGUACAAUUUGUGGGAAAACUCAAUUACAAUGUAAAAUUGCCCAAAAGUGAAUGUAACGGAAAGAGUGGUUUAAAUAUGUUUCAGAGUUGGUAUAAGUAGUAUACAUUUUUGUGGUUUUCUUCUUGGCCAGGUCCACAUAGGUACAUCACUGUCAUGAACAGAGAAAAAUAGCAAGUAAUCGAUUUCCCACCCAAAUUUUUUGUCUCUCAGUCGAGAUGCACUACUUUAAAUUACUUCCUUGACACCAAUUACUGCUUCACUAUGAGUCAGGGUUGUGACACCAUCUUGAGGCAUCUUAGGACAUAAUAGAAAGAGCGCAAAAAACAUGGCUAGGAUGUUGUUGGUUUUUGUUCAAUGAAAAGAUGAAAAUAUGUUCCACAGGAAACAAUUUUUGAAUACUAAGCCGUGGCGUUUACGAUAAAAUGUUUUGUAUAGUGAAGUAACGUCACUGUCUAUCACGGGCGGAAGCGGUGGGCCCACAUAGCAAAGGAACUACAUAAAGAAAUGUCUGUGGGGUCCUCGGUUAUUGAAGUUUAAAAUUUUGUAUGCAAGUCGGAACGUAGUCUGACUAACGUAUGCCAACUCAGUAGUAUCGUCACAAUACACACAGUAAGUACUGUAUAUGUAUUGCACAUCAUUUGUAACUUCGAAGCUUUGUACCAAUGUAAACUGAGAACCCGCUGUCUGUGAGUGUUCGCACUUAGGUAGACCCCAAGGUCACGGCUAUCUACACCAGGAGCAGUUUAACUGUCUUCAUAGUGCUGUCACUCUAGUCGCGCUGCUCGGGUACACAAACUCUUUUUUCUCGCACUUCUGAGGCGGGAAAUAUUCCAAUUUCAUCAGCGGCCCAAAUUAAUUUUCCUGUUCUAAUAUCAGUUCUAUUGCGAAGGCGCACCCCCUGAGUGAAUCGCAGAGCCGUGAAUUGCUUUGGCUCCUGCAGAGCAAUUUCCGAGAUGGGCAAUAAAGCGAAGGUUUUGAUGGUCAAAUCAUAGAGAACUACACGGGCGCCAUAAAAGUCCUGAUGAAGCACACACCCACCCACACAAAUGUUUCCUUGUAUAUUGCUCGCGCAUAUCACUGGUUAUAUUAUACAGUAUAAAAAAAAUAGAAAAUCCAACAAACACUGUGAAUAUUCAUGCAGUUGUUCAACAAGCACAGAGCAAGAAAUAUAUACUAACUUUUUUCUUUCCCGACUGUUGACAAGCUGAUCAAUAGUUAUUGACGAGGGGCUCCGGUGACAGCGCUGAUAUGUGGUUCUUGUUUACAGUUAUUAAUGAAGCCUGACAGAAACACUAUUGAUAGAACAAGUAUUCCAUGUGUUUUCCAAUAAGUUGACCAAAUUAGAUUCAGAAAUGUUUUUUCUUUUUUUUUUCCUUGUUGCCCGUGCUGGACUUCACAGUCCUGCUAAAAUUGAAAAAUGAAAAUGAAAGCGCCUGUUAUUUUUGCUUUUAGAGCUGAGAAGCUAAAUGACUUUAAGCACCAUCAUUAGGUUGACAUUUAGACAACACAUAAAAUGUCAUUACCAUUAAUUUGCUAGGGUGGAAAUCUAAACAUUUAACUGAAGUAAUUUAUUCUUUUAAUAAAAAAAAAUAAAAAUAAAAAAAAGCAAUUUUGAGGAUUUAUCCAUAUAACCAGAUAUGAUUCAUAUUUAACUCCUGUGUUCAGAGCUUCAUCCAAACAUGUAUUCAUGAAAAAUAGACCUAUAUACAAUCAAAGCAUGUUGUGAAUUACAAAAUGUAUACUUAAGUUAAGUUUAAAAGCACAAAAUAAGGCUAAAUAUUGUAUUUAUUUUAAAAAAUGCCCUUGCUAUGUUAAUAUAAAUUGCUGAAAUUAAAAAGCUUUCCAAUAUUUAUUUUUCUACCUAAAGGCCUAUGGAGUAAUAAAACCAGUUAUGUUGUUCAUUUUCCCAUUUGUAUGCUGGGUUUAGAUUUAUUAUAUGAUAGAGUAACAAUAGAUUAUCACACAAAUUCACCCAUGAUUAAUUUUUCUACAUUUCAAGUUAAGAAAGCAAUGUAUGAUAUGUAAAUAAACACCAUAAAUCUAAGCAUAUUAAUUCAGUAUUAUACUCCUUGUACAUAACAUCCAAAUUUAUUGGGUUUCUUUGUGGCCAGGCACUCAGUACCAUUAAUGAGUUACAGACAUAUGUUAAGACAUAAGUUUUAUAUUGCCGCAUUGAAAAUGAGGAAAAUAAGAAAUACACGCAAUCAAGGCGGCACGGUGGCCACGCAAUUAAGGCGGCACGGUGGACGACUGGUUAGAGCGUCAGUUCUGAGGACUGGGGUUCAAUCCCCGGUCCCGCCUGCAUGGAGUUUGCAUGUUCUCCCCGUGCCUGUGUGGGUUUUCUCCGGCCACUCCGGUUUCCUCCCACAUCCCAAAACAUGCAUGGUAGGUUAAUUGAUAACUCUAAAUUGCCCGUGGGUGUAAAUGUGAGUGCGAACGGUUGUUUGUUUGUAUGUGCCCUGCGAUUGGCUGGCAACCAGUUCAGGUUGUACUCCGCCUCCUGCCCGAUGAUAGCUGGGAUAGGCUCCAGCACGCCCGCGACCCUAAUGAGGAGAAGCGGCUCAGAAAAUGGUUGGAUGGAUAUAAAAUCACAUCUUUCUUUCUCCCCGUUUAUGAGAUUUCUGUUAAGACCAACAUAAACGGAUCAAUCAUUCAUGAAGCUGCCCCCAAAUAACAUCUUUUCAUGACCAGAAGUCUUCAAGUCCCAAAUGGGAAUCAGAUGGUGUCAACAGAGAAAGGAAGAACUGAAAAACCUUAAAAACAUAAAUAUAGUACAUAGUAAGUAGGGAUGGACAGCAGAUGCUUGUGAGCCAGACCCACUGGCUCACAACGUCCCAAGUCGAGGUCAGCAGCGCCCCAUCCCCCUAUACACAGUGUUGAUGGUGCACUGCUUCCCCCUCCUGAUACGCCAGAUGGUGGACCAGAAUUUCGGGUUCUGAUCAGGGGGCCCGUUCUCCCAAUCACGCCCUUCCAGGUCUCACUGUCAUUGCCCACGUGAGCAUUGAAGUCCCCCAGCAGAACGAUGGAGUCUCCAGCGGGAGCGCUCUCCAGCACUCCCUCCAAGGACUCCAAAAAGGGUGGGUACUCUGAACUGCUGUUUGGUGCAUAGGC